UCUUUGAAUCUAAUUCUCAAUUCUCAAUUCUGUGGCUGAAGGUAGAGAGAGAGACACGGAGAAUCAGAGAAAUGGCGGUGACAAAGGAAGCGGUAGAGUCUUCACUCACCUCAAAGCUGAAUCCUUCUCAUCUUGAAGUCAUUGAUACAUCUGGAGGAUGUGGAGCGAGCUUUGUGGUGGAGAUUGUGUCGGAUCAGUUUGAAGGAAAGAGGCUGCUGGAGAGGCAUAGGAUGGUGAAUGCUGCAUUGGUGGAGGAGAUGAAAGACAUUCAUGCCCUCUCAAUUAAGAAAGCAUUGACUUCUGCUCAGUGGAAAACGCAACAGGAGGAGGCUGAGAAGCUCUCUGCCGUUGUAUAGGUAUUGAUUUUUCGAAGUUCUAAUUGUUGUUGGUUGUAACUUAACUUGCCAAAUAUCCAGCAUCUUCAUGUGCUCUAAACUAAAACUUUGCUAAAUAAACACUAACUUUCUAUCAGGAUUUUCUCCUAAUUGUUG